UUCUUCUACCGCACGAUGGUGCCUGAGGAGGUGGAAGUGGAGAUCGGUGUGGAACCACUCACCCCAUCCGAGGAGGGGGAGGAUGAAGAGGAGAAUGAUUUGCAGAAGAUGGAGGCCUUGGAGAAAGUGCCAGUUAAGAACUUGUGGCCGACCACCGGUAUCCAGAACCAGCCUGUCAUCACAGAGGAUGAAGAAGUGGCUGGAGAGACUAGAGAUAAAGCCCCCAUGAAAAAAAUUGUGAAGCAGAUAGUGGAAAAGAUUUGUCUCUGCGUGCUUUGUGGUCCCGUCCCUGAGGAGUUUCUGGACCAGAAUGUGGUGUUUUUUCUCAGAAACACAAAAGAGGCGGUCCCCGAGGCCACCGACAUGAAGGAGACCAUGGAGCUCAUGCCCCAGACGAUGGAGUAUGGGAUUCUGAAUGCCAGGAUGCUCAGCUUCUUGAAGGAGAUCAUAGGCCAGGUUUUUUUGCCAGCUUUGUCCUUCAAUCAGCACAAGGAAGGAAGCACAGGCCUCACAUCUGGAGAGUUCUCAAGCACGAUGGGGUAUGAGAUGGACCUGGGUACCCUGCCCGGGGAAGCAGUAGAAUAUCACAGCAUUCAAUUAAUGCGGGAUGAAUUUUUAAUGAACCUCCAAAAAUUUGCAAAUAGUAUUCAAAGGACAAUACAACAAUUGGAAGGUGAGAUCAAGCUAGAAAUGCCCAGCAUCAGUGUUGAGGGAGAGGUAUCUGAACUGGCAGCUAACAUGGAGACUGUUGAAAUCUUGGAGCAAUGUGUGAUAAACUGGUUGAAUCAGAUAUCCACAGCUCUGGAGGACCAGCUGAAAAAGACCCCUCAGGGAAAUGGCCCUCUGGCUGAAAUUGAAUUCUGGAGAGAAAGAAAUGCAACCCUUAGUGCCCUCCAUGAGCAGACUAAGCUCCCAAUUGUCAGAAAGGUCCUGGAGGUGAUCAAGGAGUCCGACUCUCUGCUGGUGGUGAACCUGCAGCCUGUCCUGACCGACUUGUACAAGUACCACACGGAAGCCUCGGACAAUGUACGGUUCCUGUCCACCGUGGAACGUCAUUUCAAGAACAUAACCCAUGGCGCCAACUUCCACGUUGUCCUGGAAACGAUCCCAUCCAUGAUGAACGCCCUGCGGAUGGUGUGGAUCAUUUCCCGGCACUACAACAAGGACGAGAGAAUGAUCCCGCUCAUGGAGCGCAUUGCCUGGGAAAUCGCCGACCGGGUCUGCCGAGUGGUCAACCUGCGGACGCUGUUCAGGGAGAACCGAGCGAGUGCACAGCGCAAAACCGCGGAGGCCAAGAACACCCUGCACAUGUGGAAAAAAUCCUAUUUUGAAGUCAGGGCCAAGAUUGAGGCUUCGGGGAGAGAGGCCCGGUGGGAAUUUGACCGGAAGCGGCUGUUUGAGAGGACGGACUACAUGGCCGCCAUCUGCCAGGACCUCUACGACAUUCUGCAGGUAGUGGAGGAGUUUUACAACAUAUUUGGCCCAGAACUGAAAGCGGUGACUGGCGACCCCAAGCGCAUCGACGACGUGCUGUGCCGGGUGGACGGCCUGGUCAGCCCCAUGGAGAACUUGACCUUUGACCCCUUCAGCAUCAAGUCCUCCCAGUACUGGAAAUACGUAAUUGACGACUUCAAGAUUGAAGUUCUGAUCGACAUCAUCAACAAACUCUUCGUCCAGAACAUGGACAACCCACCCCUGUACAAGAACCACCCUCCUGUGGCAGGCGCUAUCUACUGGGAGCGCUCCCUGUUCUUCCGCAUCAAGCACACCAUCCUCAGGUUCCAGGAGGUGGAGGAGAUUCUGGACAGUGACCUGGGGAGAGAGGUGAAACAGAAAUAUUUGGAAGUGGGCAGGGCCAUGAAGGAAUAUGAGGACAGAAAAUACCAGGUGUGGAGAGAUAAUACGGAGCAGAUCCUGCCAACGCUGAUGAAGAAGAGCCUACUCACCAAGGCCUCUCCACAGACUUCUGAGGACACGAUGGUCUUGGACAAGGGGGCUGUUUUUGUGAUCAAUUUCUCACCUACUCUCAAGGAGAUCAUUCAUGACACUAAGUACUUGGAACAGUUGGGGUUCACUGUCCCUGAAUUAGCAAGGAACGUUGCUCUUCAGGAGGACAAAUUUCUUAGGUACACAGACGGGAUUCAGCGUAUAUUGGAUCAUUACCACAAACUCAUAGGGACAUUAAACGAGGCUGAGUUGCUCCUCCUGGAGGACCACUCCCAGGAGCUGAUCAGAGUCUUCAGGUCUGGAUACAAGAGGUUAAACUGGAAUUCCCUAGGUAUCCCUGACUACAUAACCCGGUGUAAACAGGCCAUUGGGAAAUUCGAAUCGCUUGUGCACCAGAUCCACAAGAAUGCAGAUGAUAUCACUUCCAGGCUGACAUUGAUGGAGUCCAUAAAUCUCUUUAAGUUUCCGAUAUCUAAGAGUGAGGAUGACCUCCCAGGUGUGAAGGAGUUUUUUGAGCACAUUGAAGUAGAAAGGCUGAAAGACGUGGAACACAUGGUCAGGUGGUACCUUGCCAUUGGGCCUCUGCUGACCAAGGUGGAGGGCCUGGUCGUCCAUACCAACACAGGCAAGGCCCCCAAGCUGCUGUCCUACUACGAGUACUGGGAAAACAAGAUUUACGAGGUCCUGACCAAGCUCAUCCUGAAGAAUUUGCAGUCUUUCAAUUCUUUAGUCCUCGGAAAUGUCCCUUUGUUCCAAACGGAAACCAUUCUGACUGCACCGGAGAUCAUCCUUCACCCCAACGCCAAUGAGAUCGACAAAAUGUGUGUCCACUGUGUGCGAAGUUGCGUGGAAAUCACCAGGCAUUUUGUCCGAUGGAUGCAUGGCAGCUGCAUUGAGUGCCCUCCUCAGAAGGGGGAAGAAGAAGAGCUUGUUGUAAUAAGCUUUUACAAUGACAUUUCUCUGAACCCCCAGAUAACUGAGCAAGCACUUAUGAUCCCUCAAAACAUCCACAGGAUUCUGCUCAAUCUUACAAAAUACCUACAAAAAUGGAAGAGGUAUCGCCCCCUCUGGAAAUUAGACAAAACUAUUGUGAUGGAGAAAUUUGCUGCCAAGAAACCCCCCUGUGUGGCGUAUGAUGAAAAACUGCAGUUCUAUUCCAAGAUUGCCUCUGACGUCCUACGCCACCCUUUAAUUAAGGACGAGCAGUGCAUCCGGCUUCAACUAGGGCCUCUGGCAAGCACAGUGCGGGAAAAUGCCAAGUCUUGGGUGGUUUCACUUGGGAAACUUCUCAAUGAGUCCGCCAGGGAGGAACUCCACAAUCUCCACGAAGAGACAGAGAACCUGGCCAAACAGCUGAAGAAGACCCCCAGCACUCUUGAAGACCUCAAGCUUGUUCUUGCCACAAUUGCAGAGAUCAGGAGUAAGUCUUUGGUCAUGGAAUUAAGAUACAGGGAUGUUCAGGAGAGGUACCGCACCUUGGCGAUGUACAAUAUCUUUCCGUCUGAUGCAGAGAAAGAACGGGUUAAAGUGAUUGAGAGCAUGUGGCUAAAUCUGCUUAAUGAAUCGAUGACUGUGGAGCACGCUCUUGGGGGCAUAAAGAGGACUUUCACUGAGAUUACUCGAGGUGAAAUAUCCAAUUAUAGACGUCAGAUAGAGGAUUUUGCAAAACGCUUCUACAACGAAGGGCCUGGUUCUGUUGGGGACGAGCUUGACAGAGGAAUGGACCUUUUAGCAACUUUUGAAAGAGAGCUGACCAGACAUGAAAAGAACCGCCAGGAGCUCGCAAAUGCGGAGAAGCUUUUUGAUCUCCCAAUCACGAUGUACCCCGAGCUGCUCAAGGUGCAGAAGGAGAUGAAGGGGCUGCGGCUGGUCUAUGAGCUCUACAAUGGGCUCAAGGCAGCAAAAGAAGAGUGGUCCCAGACCCUCUGGGCCAACCUGAACGUCCAGUUUCUCCAGGAAGGCAUCGAGGGGUUUCUCAAGAACCUCCGAAAACUGCCCCGGCAAGUCCGAAACCUCUCGGUGGCCUACCAUUUGGAGAUGAAGAUGAAGGCGUUCAAAGACUCCAUCCCUCUACUUCUGGACUUGAAACACGAGGCCCUUCGAGACAGGCAUUGGAAAGAUCUUAUGGAAAAAACAGGGGUAUUUUUUGAAAUGACGGAAACUUUCACCUUGGAAAAUAUGUUUGCCAUGGAACUUCACAAACACGUGGACGUUCUCAAUGAGAUUGUGACGUCAGCCAUCAAGGAGAUCGCCAUUGAGAAGGCAGUGAAGGAAAUCCUGGACACAUGGGAAAAUAUGAAAUUCACCGUGGUCAAGUAUUACAAAGGCACCCAGGAGCGAGGAUACAUUUUGGGAUCUGUCGAUGACAUUAUCCAGGGCCUUGACGACAACACUUGCAACCUGCAGAGCAUUGCAGGGAGCAGAUUUGUGGGGCCCUUUCUGCAAACUGUUCACAAAUGGGAGAAGACACUUUCUCUAAUAGGGGAGGUCAUUGAGAUCUGGAUGCUGGUUCAGAGAAAGUGGAUGUACCUGGAGAGCAUCUUCAUUGGUGGGGACAUCAGGUCACAGCUUCCGGAAGAGGCGAAGAAGUUUGACAUCAUCGACAGGGUGUUCAAAAGGAUCAUGGCAGAGACCUUGAAGGACCCGGUCAUCAAGAAGUGCUGCGAGGCCCCAAACCGCCUGACUGAGCUGCAGAACAUCAGCGAGGGCCUUGAGAAGUGCCAGAAGAGCUUGAACGACUACCUGGAUUCCAAGAGGAAUGCCUUCCCCCGGUUCUUCUUCAUCUCCGAUGAUGAGCUGCUCAGCAUCCUUGGCAAUAGCGACCCUCUCUGUGUCCAGGAGCAUAUGAUCAAGAUGUUUGACAACAUAGCGCUGCUGAGGUUCAAUGAUGGUGACAAUGGAGAGAAACUAGUGUCUGCCAUGAUUUCAGCGGAAGGAGAAGUCAUGGAAUUUCGCAAGAUCAUAAGAGCAGAAGGGCGAGUGGAGGAUUGGAUGACAGCUGUUUUGAACGAAAUGCGAAGAACAAACAGGCUCAUCACCAAGGAGGCUAUUUUCAGAUACUGUGAAGAUAGGAGCAGAGUCGACUGGAUGCUCCUGUACCAGGGGAUGAUGGUGCUGGCUGCCAGCCAGGUGUGGUGGACCUGGGAGGUGGAGGACGUCUUCCGCAAGGUGCAGGCAGGGGAAAAGCAAGCCAUGAAGAACUAUGGCAAGAAGCUCCACCAGCAGAUUGAUGAGCUGGUCACACGCAUCACCCUGCCCCUGAGCAGGAAUGACAGGAAGAAAUACAACACGGUGCUCAUCAUCGACGUGCACGCCAGGGACAUCGUCGACUCCUUCAUCAGGAGCAGCAUUCUCGAGGCCCGGGAAUUUGAGUGGGAAAGUCAGCUCCGGUUCUACUGGGACCGGGAGCCCGACGAGCUGAACAUCCGCCAGUGCACGGGCACCUUCAGCUAUGGCUAUGAGUACAUGGGCUUGAACGGGAGGCUGGUCAUCACGCCCCUCACUGACCGCAUCUACCUGACUCUGACCCAGGCACUAUCCAUGUAUCUGGGUGGGGCCCCCGCUGGCCCAGCAGGGACGGGCAAAACCGAGACCACCAAGGACCUGGCCAAAGCCUUGGGCUUGCUCUGUGUGGUUACCAACUGCGGUGAAGGCAUGGAUUACAAAGCUGUUGGGAAGAUUUUCUCUGGCCUGGCCCAGUGCGGGGCAUGGGGCUGCUUUGAUGAGUUUAAUAGGAUCGACGCCUCCGUGCUGUCCGUGAUCUCCUCUCAGAUCCAGACCAUCCGAAACGCUUUGAUCCAUCAAUUAACCACGUUCCAGUUCGAAGGGCAGGAGAUCUCCUUGGACUCGAGAAUGGGCAUCUUCAUCACCAUGAAUCCUGGCUACGCAGGCCGCACAGAGCUGCCCGAGUCGGUGAAGGCCCUCUUCCGGCCUGUGGUGGUGAUCGUGCCUGACCUACAGCAGAUCUGCGAGAUCAUGCUCUUCUCCGAGGGCUUCCUCUGGGCCAAGACUCUGGCCAAAAAGAUGACGGUUCUGUAUAAGCUAGCCCGGGAGCAGCUCUCCAAGCAGCAUCACUACGACUUUGGGCUCCGGGCCCUGAAGUCCGUGUUGGUGAUGGCUGGUGAGCUGAAGAGGGGUUCUCCGGAGCUCAAGGAGGACGUAGUGCUGAUGAGAGCCCUCCGGGACAUGAACCUGCCCAAGUUCGUGUUUGAGGAUGUCCCUCUCUUCCUCGGGCUGAUCUCUGAUUUGUUUCCUGGACUUGACUGCCCGCGUGUACGCUACCCGGACUUCAAUGACGCCGUGGAACAGGUGCUGGAGGAGAACGGCUACAUUGUCUUACCUGUCCAGGUGGACAAGGUGGUCCAGAUGUUCGAGACCAUGCUGACCCGCCACACGACGAUGGUGGUGGGGCCUACGGGAGGGGGCAAGUCUGUGGUCAUCAACACGCUGUGCCAGGCCCAGACCAAGCUCGGGCUGAUGACGAAGUUGUAUAUCCUGAACCCUAAGGCUGUGAGUGUCAUAGAACUCUACGGCAUCCUGGACCCCAGCACCCGUGACUGGACUGAUGGGGUGCUGUCCAACAUCUUCAGGGAGAUGAACAGACCAACAGAUAAGAAGGAGAGAAAGUAUAUUUUAUUUGAUGGUGAUGUGGAUGCUCUUUGGGUGGAAAACAUGAAUUCUGUGAUGGAUGACAACAAGCUGUUGACAUUGGCCAAUGGUGAGCGCAUUCGGCUGCAAGCACACUGUGCUCUACUCUUUGAGGUUGGAGAUUUACAAUAUGCCUCCCCUGCAACUGUUUCACGAUGUGGAAUGGUUUAUGUGGAUCCUAAGAAUUUGAAAUAUCAACCAUACUGGCAAAAAUGGGUUAAUCAAAUACAAAAUAAGGCAGAGGUAAAUACUUUGGAUAGCCUCUUUGGAAAAUAUGUGCCCUAUCUCAUUGAUGUGAUAGUGGAAGGAAUAGUGGAUGGAAGACAAGGAGAGAAGCUGAAGAUGAUCGUUCCUCAAACAGACCUCAAUAUGGUAACCCAGUUGACCAAGAUGUUGGACGCCUUGCUGGAGGGGGAAAUAGAGGACCCCGACGUGCUGGAGUGCUACUUCUUAGAGGCUCUGUACUGCUCUCUGGGUGCCGUCCUGCUGGAGGACGGGAGGAUGAGGUUCGACGAAUGUGUUAAGCGCAUAGCUUCUUUGCCUACUGCUGAUACAGAAGGGGUUUGGGCUGUUCCUGGGCAGCUGCCAGGCCACCUUCCCAGCCUAUAUGACUUUCACUUCGAUUUGACACAGAAGAAGUGGAUCCCGUGGAAUAAACUGGUUCCUGAGUAUGUCCACGAUGCUGAGAGGAAAUUCAUUGACAUCCUGGUUCACACAGUGGACACCACCUGCACCACCUGGAUCUUGGAGCAGAUGGUGAAGAUCAAGCAGCCUGUCAUUUUGGUUGGUGAAUCUGGCACUUCCAAGACAGCCACGACCCAGAACUUCCUCAAAAAUCUCAAUGAAGAGACUAAUAUGGUGCUGGUGGUCAAUUUCUCCUCCCGCACCACGUCCAUGGACAUCCAAAGAAAUCUGGAAGCAAACGUGGAAAAGCGAACCAAGGACAUGUAUGGGCCGCCUAUGGGGAAGCGCCUCCUGGUGUUCAUGGAUGACUUGAACAUGCCAAAGGUGGAUGAAUAUGGCACACAGCAGCCAAUUGCCUUGCUGAAACUGCUGCUAGAGAAAGGCUUCUUGUAUGACCGUGGGAAGGAGCUGAACUGCAAAAACAUCCGCGACCUUGGCUUUAUUGCUGCGAUGGGAAAAGCUGGAGGCGGCCGCAAUGAAGUGGAUCCUAGAUUCAUGUCACUAUUCAGCGUCUUCAAUGUUCUGUUUCCUUCCGAGGAGUCUCUGCAUUUAAUUUACUUCUCCAUCCUGAAAGGCCACACCUCGGUGUUUCAUGAGAGCAUCGUGGCCGUGACCAACAAGCUGACCUCCUGCACGCUGGCCCUUUACAAAAGCAUCGUGCAGGAGCUGCCUCCCACCCCAUCCAAGUUCCACUAUAUCUUCAACCUUCGGGACCUCUCGCGGGUGUUCAACGGCCUUGUCCUCACUAACCCGGAGCGGUUCCAAACAGUGACCCAGAUGGUGAGGGUCUGGAGGAACGAGUGUCUGAGAGUCUUCCACGACCGCUUGAUCAACGAAACAGACAAGCAGCUGGUACAAAGCCACAUAGAACACCUGGUGACGGAACACUUCCCAGGUGACGUGGAGGCGGUGAUGAGGGACCCGAUCUUGUUCGGAGACUUUCGGAUGGCACUGCAAGAAGAGGAAGCUAGAAUUUAUGAAGACAUCCAGGACUACGAGGCAGCUAAGGCUCUGUUCCAGGAAAUUCUCGAGGAAUAUAAUGAAAGCAACAUGAAAAUGAACCUGGUCCUCUUUGAUGACGCCCUGGAGCACCUGACCCGCGUGCACCGCAGCAUUCGCUUGGACCGCGGCCAUGCCCUGCUGGUCGGGGUCGGGGGCUCGGGGAAGCAGUCCCUCGCCAGGCUGGCUGCCUUCACCGCUGGCUGUGAGGUGUUUGAGAUCAUCCUGAGCCGGGGCUACUCUGAGAACAAUUUCCGGGAAGAUCUGAAGAACCUUUACCUGAAGCUGGGGAUUGAGAACAAGUCGACAAUCUUCCUGUUCACCGAUGCGCACGUGGCCGAGGAGAGCUUCCUGGAGCUCAUCAACAACAUGCUGACCUCAGGCAUUGUCCCUGCACUUUUCCCAGAAGAGGAGAAGGAGUCCAUCCUCAGCCAGGUUGGUCCGGAGGCCAUGAAGCGGGGCAUUGGCCCGGCCAAGGAGUCUGUGUGGCAGUACUUUGUGAACAAGAGCGCCAACAACCUGCACAUCGUACUGGGCAUGUCGCCAGUAGGGGAUGUCCUGAGGACCCGCUGCAGAAACUUUCCAGGUCUCGUGAAUAACACCAGCAUCGACUGGUUCAUGCCCUGGCCUUCCCAGGCCCUGCAGGCAGUCGCUAAGUCGUUCUUAGGGGAUAACCGGAUGAUCCCGGCGGAGAAUCUAGAAAGCCUGGUGGAGCAUUUUGUGUUGGUGCAUGAAUCUGUGGGUGAAUUCAGCCAACAAUUUCUACAGAAACUGAGACGCAGCAAUUAUGUAACUCCCAAGAAUUACCUCGAUUUUAUUAACACCUAUUCAAAAUUACUGGAUGAGAAAACUCAAUAUAACAUAGCCCAGUGCAAGCGCCUGGAGGGCGGGCUGGACAAACUGAAGGAGGCCACCAUCCAGCUGGACGAGCUGAACCUGAAGCUGGCAGAGCAGAAGAUCGUGCUGGCUGAGAAGUCGAAGGCGUGUGAGACCCUGCUGGAGGAGAUCUCCACCAACACCUCCAUAGCGGAAGAGAAGAAGAAGCUGGCAGAAGAGAAAGCCAUGGAGAUAGAGGAGCAGAACAAGAUCAUCGCCAUUGAGAAGGCUGAGGCCGAGAUGGCCCUGGCUGAGGUCAUGCCCAUCCUAGAGGCCGCUAAACUGGAGCUCCAGAAACUGGACAAGUCAGAUGUGACCGAGAUCAGGAUGAAGCUCAAUGUUUACGAGAAUGUUGCAUGUUUAGGUCUCCUGAAGACGCUCAAUACCACCACGGAGGAGAUGGAAGCCGUGAGCAAGGCAGGCCUGGGGAUGCUGAGGUUCGUGGAAGCUGUCAUGGGCUACUGCGACGUCUUCAAAGAGAUCAAGCCCAAAAGAGAUAAGGUGGCGAAGCUGGAGCGGACUUUCUUCCUCACUAAACGUGAACUGGAAAAGAUCCAGAAUGAGUUGGCAGCCAUCCAGAGAGAACUGGAAGCUUUGGGGGCCAAAUACGAGGCGGCCAUCCUGGAGAAGCAAAAGCUCCAGGAAGAAGCUGAGAUCAUGGAGCGAAGGCUGAUAGCUGCUGACAAACUCAUCUCUGGGCUGGGGUCUGAGAAUGUCAGGUGGCUGAAGGACCUGGCAGAGCUCAUGCACCGGCGGGUGAAGCUGCUGGGGGACUGCCUGCUGUGUGCGGCCUUCCUGAGCUAUGAAGGCGCCUUCACCUGGGAGUUCCGCGACGAGAUGGUCAACCAGGUGUGGCAGGAGGACAUCCUGCAGCGGGAGAUUCCCCUGAGCCAGCCCUUUAGACUGGAGAGCCUGCUCACGGAUGAUGUUGAGAUCAGCAGGUGGGGCUCCCAGGGGCUGCCGCCUGAUGAGCUUUCGGUGCAGAAUGGCAUCCUCACCACCCGGGCCAGUCGCUUCCCCCUCUGCAUUGACCCGCAGCAGCAGGCCCUGAACUGGAUAAAGAGGAAGGAGGAGAAGAACAACCUGCGGGUGGCUUCCUUCAACGACCCCGACUUCCUCAAGCAGCUGGAGAUGGCCAUCAAGUACGGCACCCCCUUCCUGUUCCAUGACGUAGAUGAGUACAUCGAUCCGGUGAUUGACAACGUCCUAGAAAAGAAUAUCAAGGUCUCCCAAGGGCGACAGUUCAUCAUCCUGGGAGACAAGGAAGUGGACUAUGACUCGAAUUUCAGACUGUACCUGAACACCAAGCUGGCCAACCCCAGAUACUCGCCGUCUGUGUUUGGGAAGGCCAUGGUGAUCAAUUAUACUGUCACGCUGAAAGGCCUGGAGGACCAACUGCUGAGUGUGCUGGUGGCCUACGAGAGGCGAGAGCUGGAGGAGCAGCGGGAGCACCUCAUCCAGGAGACGAGUGAGAACAAAAACCUGCUGAAGGACCUGGAGGACUCUCUCCUCCGGGAGCUGGCCACCUCCACGGGGAACAUGCUGGACAAUGUGGAGCUGGUGCAUACGCUGGAGGAGACCAAGUCCAAGGCCAUGGAGGUCACAGAGAAACUCAAGCUGGCGGAGAAGACGGCGCUGGACAUCGACAGGCUGCGGGACGGGUACCGGCCGGCCGCCAGGAGGGGUGCCAUCCUGUUCUUUGUGCUGUCAGAGAUGGCACUGGUGAACGCCAUGUACCAGUACUCCCUGGCUGCCUUCCUGGAUGUCUUCAGCUUGUCACUCAAAAAGUCCCUGCCAGAUUCCAUUCUCAUGAAGCGUCUGAAGAACAUCAUGGACACGCUGACCUUCAACAUCUACAACUACGGUUGUACAGGGUUGUUUGAGAAGCACAAGUUACUCUUUUCUUUCAAUAUGACUAUUAAAAUCGAACAAGCAGAAGGGAGAGUCCCCCAGGAGGAAUUAGAUUUCUUUUUGAAAGGAAACAUUUCCCUGGAGAAGAGUAAACAAAAAAAGCCCUGUGGUUGGCUGUCUGACCAGGGAUGGGAAGACAUCAUUCUUCUAUCAAAACUGUUCUCAGACAACUUUGGGAAUCUCCCUAGUGAUGUCGAGAAACAUCUGUCUGUCUGGCAGGAGUGGUAUGACCUGGAUUCGCUGGAGCAGUCCCCAUUCCCUUUGGGUUAUGACAAGGACAUCACCCCUUUCCAGAAGUUGCUUAUUUUGCGCUGUUUCCGUGUGGACCGGGUAUACCGGGCAGUGACCGACUAUGUGACCGUGACCAUGGGAGAGAAGUACGUGCAGCCCCCCGUGAUCAGCUUUGAGGCCAUCUUUGAACAGAGCACCCCAAACUCUCCCAUUGUGUUUAUCCUGAGCCCUGGCUCUGACCCCGCCAGUGACCUGAUGAAAUUAGCCGAGCGGUCUGGCUUUGGAGGAAACCGCCUCAAGUUCCUGGCCAUGGGUCAAGGUCAGGACAAGCUGGCCCUGCAGCUGCUGGAGACGGCGGUGGCUCGCGGCCAGUGGUUGAUGCUGCAGAACUGCCACCUCCUGGUCCGGUGGCUCAAGGACCUGGAGAAGUCCCUGGAGCGCAUCACCAAGCCCCACCCCGACUUCCGCCUGUGGCUUACCACCGACCCCACCAAGGGCUUCCCCAUUGGAAUCCUGCAGAAAUCCUUGAAGGUUGUCACGGAGCCGCCCAAUGGGCUGAAGCUCAACAUGAGGGCGACGUACUUCAAGAUCUCUGAGGAAAUGCUGAGCCAGUGCCCCCACCCAGCCUUCAAGUCCCUGGUGUACGUGCUGGCAUUCUUCCAUGCUGUGGUGCUGGAGAGAAGAAAGUUCGGGAAGAUCGGCUGGAACGUGUACUACGACUUCAAUGAGUCUGACUUCCAGGUCUGCAUGGAGAUUCUGAACACGUACUUGACAAAAGCCUUCCAGCAGCACGACCCCAGGAUCCCAUGGGGCAGCCUCAAGUACCUCAUUGGAGAGGUCAUGUAUGGAGGACGGGCCAUCGACAGCUUCGACCGGCGCAUCCUGACUGUAUACAUGGACGAAUACCUGGGGGAUUUCAUCUUCGACACUUUCCAGCCCUUCCACUUCUUCCAGAACAAGGAGGUGGACUAUAAGAUCCCCGUGGGGGACCUGAAGGAGAAAUUUGUGGAAGCCAUCGAGGCGCUGCCGCUGGCCAACACACCCGAGGUGUUUGGGCUGCACUCCAAUGCCGAGAUCGGCUACUACACGCAGGCGGCUCGGGACAUGUGGGCGCACCUGCUGGAGCUGCAGCCUCAGACAGGGGAGAGCAGCAGCGGCAUCAGCCGCGAUGACUACAUUGGCCAGGUGGCCAAGGACAUAGAGAACAAGAUGCCCAAGGUGUUCGACUUGGAUCAGGUCAGGAAGCUCCUGGGGGUGGAUGUGUCCCCCACGUCGGUGGUGCUGCUGCAGGAGCUGGAACGCUUCAACAGGCUGGUGCUGCGCAUGUCCCGGUCGCUGGCGGAGCUGCAGAGGGCCUUGGCCGGAGAAGUGGGCAUGAGCAGCGAGCUGGAUGACGUUGCAAGGUCUCUCUUUAUCGGCCAAAUCCCGAACAUCUGGAGGAAGCUCGCCCCUGAUACCUUGAAGUCCCUUGGAAACUGGAUGCUCUACUUCCAGCGGCGGUUCAGCCAGUACAUGUCCUGGGUCAACGACAGCGAGCCCAGCGUGAUGUGGCUGUCGGGCCUGCACAUCCCGGAGUCCUACCUCACGGCCCUGGUGCAGGCCACCUGCCGGAAGAACAGCUGGCCACUGGACCACUCCACCCUGUUCACACAAGUCACCAAGUUCCAGGAUGCAGAUGAAGUGAACGAGCGAGCUGGACAAGGAUGCUUCGUCUCGGGGCUGUAUCUGGAGGGUGCAGACUGGGACCUCGAGAGGGGUUGUCUGGUCAAGAGCAAGCCCAAGGUGCUGGUGGUGGACUUGCCCAUCCUGAAGAUCAUCCCCAUCGAGGCCCAUCGCCUCAAGCUGCAGAACACGCUGCGGACGCCUGUCUACACCACCUCCACCAGGAGGAACGCCAUGGGGGUUGGCCUGGUGUUUGAAGCUGAUCUCUUCACCACAAAGCACAUUUCUCACUGGGUGCUGCAAGGGGUGUGUCUCACCCUGAAUUCUGAUUAACCUCGUGUACCCCCAAUGCUGUUCCUGCAUCCUUAGAACAGGGCCGACACCCAUGUUUGGGUAAUCAGCCAUUUUAAUACCUUUCAAGAGAAAUUAACUGGAUUGAAAAAAAUAAAACAUUUUUUAUAGAAUUCUGUAUAUUUACAAAGUAAAUCCUAGAGAGCAUUUUAAGACGUGUUGAGUUUUCUUUUUGUUCUCUAGGGAAAAUGCCUGAUCAAGCAGACUGCCUGGCCUUCCCUGGGCACAGAGGGCGUUCCGACAUCAGCCUGCAGAGGGCGCUGUGGACCGCCCAGCUUUUUUAGCAGCUCCUUCUGGGGGUUUGGGGGGAGCUGAGGCAGUGGGGGCAGAUGAAGCCUGUGCCUUGGGUUGAUGGUGCCAGGCAGUCACACAUGGCCACUCCUCUCCAUUCCAGAACACUCUGGCUCAGCUCCUUUGACUCUGGUCAGUGUGUGGCUGAGGCUAUAGAGCCUGGAGUUUAAUUCCUGCUGGUUUACUUAGAACCUGCAGGACCACAGCAGCAUCCAGGUGCUCUUUUCUUCUGCAAACCACGGGCCUAGCCUGGAGCCCGGGGGGAGCCUGGAGCCCUGGUGUCCAGCCUCGGUCCUAGCCUGGAGUCCUGGGGUCUAGCCUGGAGUCCUGGGGGUGGGGUUGGGGGCUAGCCUAAAGCGCUGGGGCCGAGCUAGAGCAUUAAGUUCCAGCCUGGAGUCCCGGGGGCCAGCCUGAAGUGUGGCCAGGCCAGCUGGAAGCAAGGCAGAGGACAGGGUUGAACAUCAGCAGGUCACAAGGGUGGGGAUGGCCACAGAUAAAAGUAUCUUUUGCCAGGCUCUCAGAAGGGAAGAACAUUCUGAGGGACAGCUCUGGGCGGUGGUAGAAAACAGGACUCCUCUUUCUGGGUGUGAACCCCAAGGGACGCGCCCCUGGGGAGCGUGCAUCUGGAUAACAGCAUAGUAGUUACUGGGGUGUGGGUGCUGCUAUUUCUCUCCUCCUGGGCCCUCCCUCCAGAAGGUUCAAUAAAAGACACAAAACAGAAAGAAGGUAGGUUUAGAAAAUAAAGUUUGUUGGGAUCUUGAACAUUUUGGAUAAAACUAACAAAAAAAA